AUGGCAUCCUUGUCCACCCAACCAUCUAAGAAGGCAUUACGUAGCACUGGAAGUUCUUCUGGUUCUCAGGCCAACAGAAGUUCGACUGGGCAAACUGUGAAAUUUGCCCGACGAACUUCCAGUGGACGCUAUGUUAGCCUUUCAAGAGAAGACCUUGAUAUGUCUGGAGAAUUUUCAGGAGAUUACAUGAACUACACCGUCCACAUUCCUCCCACACCAGACAAUCAGCCCAUGGACACAUCUGUGGCUGCAAAAGCCGAAGAACAGUAUGUUUCGAAUUCUCUCUUCACUGGGGGAUUCAACAGCGUCACACGAGCCCAUCUCAUGGACAAGGUGAUUGAGUCGGAGGUGAGUCAUCCACAAAUGGCUGGUGCAAAAGGCUCGUUGUGUAAUAUGCCGGUUUGUGAUGGCAAGGUUAUGAAGGAUGAGAGAGGAGCUGAUAUAAUCCCUUGUGAGUGCAGGUUCAAGAUUUGCAGGGAUUGCUACCUAGACGCUCAAAAAGAAACUGGUCUAUGUCCAGGCUGCAAGGAGCCAUACAAGGUGGGGGAUUAUGAAGACGAAGUACCAGACUUUUCUAGUGGAGCAUUGUCACUGCCAGCCCCAGAUGAUUCAAAAUCUGAUCAGCGUAUGUCUAUGAUGAAGAGGAACCAAACUGGAGAUUUUGAUCACAACAAGUGGUUGUUUGAGACAAAGGGUACUUAUGGUUACGGUAAUGCUUAUUGGCCUCAAGACGAUAUGUAUGGGGAUGAUGGGGAUGAAGGUCUCCAUGGGGGCAUGGUGGACCCAUCAGAUAAACCAUGGAGGCCCCUCAGUCGAGCAUUGCCAAUCCCACAAGGCAUCAUCAGCCCUUACAGGUUGCUGAUCGCAGUUCGGCUUGUUGUGUUGUGCUUCUUUUUGGCAUGGAGAUUAAAACAUCCAAACGAGGAUGCCAUAUGGCUGUGGUUCAUGUCAGUUAUAUGUGAGGUAUGGUUCGCAUUCUCUUGGAUCCUUGAUCAGAUGCCAAAGCUCUGCCCCAUUAACCGGUCCACCGACCUUGAGGUCUUGCGUGAUAAAUUUGAAAUGCCAUCACCAUCGAAUCCUACUGGUCGCUCUGACCUGCCAGGCGUUGACGUAUUUGUGUCCACUGCUGAUCCUGAGAAAGAGCCGCCACUUGUUACUGCCAACACUAUCUUGUCAAUCCUAGCUGUUGAUUAUCCCGUGGACAAGCUUGCUUGUUACAUUUCUGACGACGGAGGCGCUCUCCUCAACUUUGAAGCCAUGGCUGAGGCUGCAAGCUUUGCUGAUUUGUGGGUCCCAUUCUGUCGCAAACACGACAUUGAGCCAAGGAACCCUGAUACCUACUUUAGCCUCAAGGUAGAUCCAACAAAGAACAAAAAGAGGUCUGACUUUGUGAAAGACAGACGAAGGGUCAAGAGGGAGUAUGAUGAGUUCAAGGUGAGGAUAAAUGGGCUGCCAGAUUCUAUCAGGAGAAGAUCAGACGCGUUCCAUGCCAGGGAGGAAAUGAAGAUGAUGAAGCACAUGAGGGAGAGUGCCGCUGACCCUUCGGAGCCAAUCAAGGUCCCAAAAGCCACUUGGAUGGCUGAUGGCACCCACUGGCCCGGAACUUGGGCCGUACCUUCCAGUGAGCAUUCCAAAGGUGAUCAUGCUGGGAUUCUACAGGUAAUGUUGAAGCCCCCAAGCAGUGACCCACUAAUGGGAGGGUCUGAUGACAAGAUCUGGGACUUCUCGGAUGUGGACAUACGUCUACCAAUGUUCGUGUACGUCUCACGUGAGAAGAGGCGGGGCUAUGAUCAUAACAAGAAAGCCGGUGCAAUGAACUGCCUGGUUCGAGCAUCAGCCAUAUUGUCCAAUGGCCCCUUCAUACUCAACCUCGAUUGUGAUCACUACUUCUAUAAUUGCAAAGCUAUCCGUGAAGGGAUGUGUUUCAUGAUGGAUAGAGGAGGGGAAGACAUCUGCUACAUACAGUUCCCUCAAAGAUUCGAAGGUAUUGAUCCAUCUGACCGCUAUGCCAAUCACAACACCGUGUUUUUUGACGGCAAUAUGCGUGCACUUGAUGGUGUCCAGGGCCCUGUUUAUGUUGGGACAGGCUGCAUGUUUAGGCGAUUUGCAUUGUAUGGGUUUGAGCCUCCAAUGCCAGACAAGAUGCCUAAGAAGGGGUCUGAGAUGGAAGCCUUGAAGGCCACAGAUUUUGACCCUGAUCUUGAUGUGAACCUAUUGCCCAAGAGGUUCGGAAAUUCUACAAUGCUGGCAGAGUCUAUACCGAUUGCUGAAUUUCAAGGUCGCCCCCUUGCUGAUCAUCCCGCAGUGAAGUAUGGACGACCCCCGGGUGCUCUCAGAGUCCCACGCGAACCACUAGAUGCCACCACUGUAGCAGAAGGUGUCUCCGUCAUAUCUUGUUGGUAUGAGGACAAGACCGAGUGGGGUGACCGGGUGGGGUGGAUCUAUGGUUCAGUCACAGAAGAUGUGGUCACAGGAUACCGAAUGCACAACCGCGGUUGGAGAUCCGUCUACUGUAUUACCAAGCGUGAUGCAUUCCGUGGGUCAGCUCCAAUCAACCUGACAGAUAGACUCCAUCAGGUCCUUCGGUGGGCGACAGGCUCCGUAGAGAUUUUCUUCUCCAAAAACAAUGCUCUGCUCGGCAGCCGUCGCCUCAAGUUACUGCAGCGCCUGGCUUACCUCAACGUUGGCAUCUACCCUUUCACUUCUUUGUUCCUCAUCAUGUACUGCUUCCUCCCUGCCCUCUCCCUCUUCUCUGGUCACUUCAUUGUGCAGACCCUGAGCGUUGCCUUUUUGGUCUACCUCCUAGUCAUAACCAUUUGCCUAAUCUCGCUUGCCAUCCUCGAAGUGAAAUGGUCUGGGGUGGGACUUGAAGAAUGGUGGAGGAAUGAACAGUUUUGGCUCAUCUCUGGAACCAGUGCUCACUUGGCUGCUGUGUUGCAAGGCCUGCUCAAGGUCAUUGCUGGGAUUGAGAUCUCUUUCACUCUGACUUCCAAGUCCUCAGGAGACGACAACAAUGACAUCUACGCCGACUUGUACUUGGUUAAGUGGACAUCUUUGAUGAUACCCCCGAUUGUCAUAGCAAUGGUGAACAUAAUAGCUAUAGUGGUUGCAUUCUCAAGGACGAUUUACAGUUCAGUCCCUCAGUGGAGUAAGUUUAUUGGUGGAGCUUUCUUUAGUUUCUGGGUACUGGCUCAUCUUUAUCCUUUUGCCAAAGGGUUGAUGGGGAGAAGAGGAAAGACUCCAACCAUUGUAUUUGUCUGGUCGGGUCUCAUUGCAAUUACACUCUCCUUGCUUUGGAUAGCCAUUAAUCCACAAAAGGGCUCUCCAGCGCAGGUUGGGGCAGGAGGAGGAGGUUUUCAAUUCCCUUGA